AUGAGACCUGUCUUGCCUACGAACCAUCCCCUCAAUACACGGGCUUCAGACCGACCAGAUAGUUUGGUUCGCGGUACUUCAGCUGUGCCUACUGCGUGUUUCAUUACCACAGAGGCCGACCUUGACGCUCGCCGAGACCGCUCCCGUCCGCGAUUUCGCCAGCAAAGCGAUCGUCACAAGUGCAGUCGCAGCUCGCGCCGACCGUCAACCCCGCGUCAACGACGUUCGCCCCCUCGUACCAGCCAUAAGCCUGUAUCUCUUGCGUCAGAGUCAGACGAGGCGGAGGAACCGACAGUUGAACAGGACCCCUUGGGUUUUCCCUCUCGACCAAGCACUCCUUCUUUGAUCGGACUUUCGCAUUCUGGGUCUGUUAUCAGCAUGUCCUCGCAAAGCUGUUCCCUCGUAGGGCCUUCCAUCGAUGCCCAUAGCGAUUUGAUUCACGAUAAUGCAUCUUUGCCCGUAACGGACCUGGCAGAUAAUCAAGACAGUCGCAGUACAGUGCCUCAACUCAUCAUGCCUAGCUUAACAGUUCCCCGACGUCGUCCAUUUUCUGAGGUGGGCAAAUGUCUGGGCAAGCUGAAGAUAAUGGUGGCUGGGCAAAGUGGUAUUGGCAAGACCUCACUUAUUAGGACCUUGGCGGAGCGCUGCGAGCAUAUUGUCCACAUGGAUCCAAUAGAGAACCGCAGUGCAGUUCAUGCCACCGAAACAUACGCCAGUUCACGUCCACACCCUUGGUGGCGCUCUGAUUCUGAGCUCACUGUAACAACACGAAGGCGACUUUCAAGCACUGGUGACGUCCUGGAUAGAAACGUGUGCUUUGUAGAAAGCCCUGGCCAUCAGCAUGGCGCUUCUGGACCCUGGCGCGAUCUCCAUUAUGUUGAGUCACACUUGACAUCCCUCAUGAACAAGCCUAUGGCUGACCUAGACCUUCUCACUUUGGUUAACUCUGGUGGUGAACCAGUUGUGGACGCUCUGCUGUACCUCGUCCCUCAUAGCGGGCUUGAACACGAAGAUGUUGAAUAUAUCAAACGCGCUCAACGCAUGACCAACGUGAUUCCGAUUAUAAACCGAGCCGACGAGCUCGCACCUGGAGAGAUCAUUCAGGUCAAACAGCAAGUUAUGAAGAGUUUGGUCGACAGGGAUGUUGGUUUCUUCUCUUUUGAUGGCCCUGAUGCAUCAGGUGAGACCACAUGCGUAUACGCCGUUUCUACCGAAUCUCGGCCAGAUUACGACACCAUGGAUGCCAGUGUUCUUAUGAACUCCGAAUACACCCCGCCGCUAGUCCCGACCGAUUUGGGCCGUCUUGUUGACCACAUCUUUUCUCUGGACGGCAGCGCUCGACUACGCCACUCUGCAGCUGUCAAAUGUAUACAAUGGCGACGUGAUCAUGGAGAUAAUCUACUUCAAAAUGCCUUGUCCAGUGGAACCAUGGUCUCUCGGUCCAUACCUGAGAGGGCUUUGAGGUUGCAAUCCUUUAGACGAACUCCGAGCUGGGACAGACUAGAGCUGUAUAAUUGGGCGAAUAACCUACGCCAAAGUCUUCAGUCCGAGAGGUUGUACCAUCUGAUGGAAGCGAGAGCUAUUACUAGUGCUUCUGCGCGAGAAUCGAGCCUUGUCCAUAUUCCCAAGACCGGCAAAAAGCAAGCGUCUAAGAAAAGAAAAGAUCCGAAGCCCACUCACCAGGACCCUCUCGGGUUGCUAGACAUAGGUGGCGGUCUCAAGCAGAAAGGUAUGCUUGCUCUGGAAAUGAUGAGCAGUGUUGGACUAGUCGGUCUUGUGGCUUCAAAGAUCAUGCAUACCGGCUUGCCUAACGGUAUGUGCCCUGUUGUUGGAUCGGGAAGAGGGGGCAUGGAAGUUGGUCGGUUGAGCAUGGUUCUGUCUUUCUAG